CCCAUAUCGAGCUCCCGGUCGCUCGUCGCUCGGCGCUCGUAGAGUACUUAAGGCCUCAAGAACGAGACGAUCCGCUCAUCGAUUCAUCAUCCAGUGCAUUGAUCUUCUUCUUCUUCGUGUGCUGUGUGGACAUUUCGGUCUUUCUCGUGUCGCGCUUCCUCUUCUUGGGUUUGUCCGUGUCGAGGUUUGGUGAUCUUGUGGUUGAAAGUGAUACUCCGACUUGGAUAGCGUGGGCGAAGAGCUUUUGCUGUCAGGAACGAGGUGAAAGCGGGGCUGAGAUGGCUGUCGCGAGCUCAAUUGCUGCUGUUAGCGCCUCUUCCUUGCGCGUUUCGUCUGCAGGCCUGUGCGUCCCCGGGGAGGCCGAUGGUUUGUGCUUGAGCUCGGCCGGGAGUUUGGCUCGGCCCACCGGCUUGGCACAUCAGCUUGCACGGGGGGUCGAGGGAUACAGUGGAAGGAGGGUUGUAAUUCAAGCGUGUGCUCGGGAGUACAGUCGACGCACUGUGAGAGUCCGUGUGAACAAUUCGCGGGAAGAAUAUGCUGUAUCCAUCAGAAGCGUCCCCGUUCAGGUUGCGCGGGAGCUCCUCAAUGCUGGGCACCGCUAUCUCGAUGUCCGUACUGUCGAAGAGUUUGCCGCGGGCCAUGUGGAGGGAGCUGUGAAUGUUCCAUAUAUGUACAAAGCUGGAGCAGGGAUGUCCAAGAAUCUCAGAUUCGUUGAUGACGUUCGUAAAAUCUUCCACAAAGAUACUGAGAUUGUCGUGGGCUGUAAAAGCGGACGUAGGUCACUGAUGGCAGCACAUGAAUUGGAAGCAGGGGAAUAUACCGGAGUCACCGACAUGGUUGGUGGGUACGAUGCGUGGGUCGAAAGUGGGCUGCCUGUUAAUUCUUUGCAAGGUUAAUCGUUGUCGAAGUCCACGAGGAAGAAAUUUGUUGACCUUUCCACCUCAGGACGAAUGGCACCAGCAUAUUGUGUGAACGCCAUCUUCGUGAACAUGGAGGUUAGUUUGGGGUUAGUAAAGUUUAGAGUAGACCACAUAUCCCAACCGGGUCGGAGAGCAAUUGUAAAAUCUCCCUAGAGUGAGGGCUUUUAGCUGUAAAAAUUCAGUCCAUGUCCGUCCUUCUGGGAUCACUGUAAAAAACCUUAAGCAAACUGUAAAGUGUACAGUAUAUAAAAAACAGUCCAACAGAUGAAAUCUUCUCGUCAGUAAGUCUGCCCUACUUUUUCAGAGCACGUCGCUUUGUUUCGCGAAAAGAAGAGUCCUCGUGCAUGUGUUCUCUGCCUAAGAGAAACUGAGAAAAAUAAAACCAC